CCUGGCCGUCGCCGACCUGCUGCUCGCCCUCCUCGUCCUGCCCCUCUAUGUCUACUCCGAGUUCCAGGGAGGCGUGUGGUCCCUCAGCACGGUGCUGUGCGAUGCCCUGAUGACCAUGGACGUGAUGCUGUGCACGGCCUCCAUCUUCAACCUCUGUGCUAUCAGCGUGGAUCGGUUUAUCGCUGUUUCAAUCCCACUGAACUACAACCGGCGACAAAUCGACCUGCGGCAGUUGAUCCUUAUAUCUACCACCUGGAUAUUCGCCUUUGCUGUAGCAUCCCCAGUCAUAUUUGGCCUCAACAACGUCCCAAACCGGGACCCCAGCUUGUGUCAGCUGGAGGAUGACAACUACAUCGUGUACUCCUCCAUCUGCUCCUUCUUCAUCCCUUGCCCUGUCAUGCUGGUGCUCUACUGCGCCAUGUUCCAAGGACUCAAGCGUUGGGAAGAAGCCAGGAAAUCCAAGCUGAGGGGCAGCAUCUACGGGGCCAACAGGAAGCUCUAUCACCCCUCAACCUUCAUUGAGCGAGAGCAGACCGGACUGGAGCCAGAGGAGUGCAACCCUUACGCCCGCUCUGACCACCCUGGGGACUGUGUGAUGAACAAUGGGAUCCAGACUGUCUCCUACCCACACCUCAAGUACCCACACCCAGGACACAGGCGGAAGCGGGCCAAGAUCAACGGCCGGGAGCGGAAGGCCAUGCGGGUGCUGCCUGUUGUUGUCGGUGCUUUCCUCUUCUGCUGGACUCCUUUUUUUGUGGUCCACAUUACCAGGGCUCUCUGCAAGUCCUGCACCAUUCCCACUCAAGUCACCAGCACUGUCACUUGGCUGGGUUACGUCAACAGUGCUCUCAACCCCAUCAUUUAUACUGUUUUCAACACGGAGUUCAGGAACUUCUUCCGCAAAGUCUUGCACCUCUUCUGCUGAGCCCACCGGGACUGGUGGGGAGAAGGAACGCCCAGGCUAUUUUUUGUAUAGUUCAUUAAAGACCUAUUUCUGCCU